CCUACUGCCGCCUCGCUGCCUCACGGUCGACCGUACGUCCGUAUCUUGUUCUCUGCCGUCGACUACCUCCGUAGGUACUCAGUUUGCUGUACACAACAACGAUAGUGUGUGUGAUGUUGUUAUUGCGUUUUGUUGUUUACACCGCCGCCGCCGCCGCCGUUUGAUAGCACUGUUUAUACGCGCAUCUCUAUUUGUUUAUAAUAUUUUAUCAUAAUUAUUAUCGAAAUAUUAUCGUAGUUCGAAAUUAAUUUGAGUGCAGUUGUUUGUUGUUCUACCGUGUGCGCAACGUGCAGUUGUGUCGUUUGCGCGCGUCGUCGUUGAAUCGAUACACCGUUGAUGCUGCUCAUCUUGGUGUUGUUGAUCGUCGUUCCAGAGCUGUGACUGCUCCUGCAGCUAUAAAUGUCAUAAUAUGAAAAUAUGGUAACAUAGUCAAACUCAGGUACUUCUCUCGACCUUCUAUAAUGUUUGUCGUCAACGGAAUUCCUCGCUUGUGGAUUACAUGGGUCACCUUAACAGUGAGCAUCUGUUGGGCUGGUUAUUGCCCACAAGAAAAGUGUUCUUUCUCUAACCAGCCUGCUGACAAUCCAUGUAUGGAUUUAGAAGAAUCCAUCAAAUGCAUGAAAGAAUUAUCGAAAAAAUGUCGGGGAGACAUUGGCUAUCACUCUGCUGUUACAGUAUUAAAUGCGGAGUUCAAAAGAAAAUGUAGCGGCACUGACGAGGCAUCCAGAAACAAUAAUUCUACUGACCACGUACAAUCAAUGGUUCCAAGUAUAUACAACCGACCUGCUUGCCCCGUGUUGUUUAAUGAUCAUCAGGAACAUAGAUUUUGCGGCCUAUUCGGUGAUCCACAUUUAAGGACAUUUGAUAACAAAUAUCAAACGUGUCGCAUUCAUGGUGCUUGGCAAAUGAUCGACAACCCAUUCAUUAGUGUCAUGGUAACUAAUGAUGCUGUUUCAAAUAGUACAACAGCAACUGCUCCUACUAAACUGACACUCAUGUUGAAAGCUCAUAAACCAGAAUGUACUCCACAAAAAAUAUACGAAGCUCAAGGCGAUUCUCAAUUACCCAUGACGUUUGAAGACGGUACCACAACUUUUGGACCGUCGUCUUCACCUACAGUUUCAUUAUCUUGGCGCCCCAACGAAUUUAACAGUGAAACUGUAAUCGUACGGUUAUCAUACAUCUCUACUAUAGUCACUGUAACCAGAGUCGGAAAGUAUUUAUCUGUCUCAGCUAAACUUCCCGUUCAGCUGGCACAAACUUUUAAUCAAGAAAAAAACGAACUCUGCUCAUCUGGUUGUCAACCUUCUGAACAAUUGAAUGUCGAGCACGCCGUAAUAAGUGACUUAGAACAAGCAUUGAAUUUAUGCCACAGCAGUGUAGGUCCAACUGGCCACCGGUUGACCGAUCAGUAUUUAGAUUGGUGUGUAUUUGAUAUGAUGACAUCACAUGACGAACAGUUUAUCAACGCUUCUCAUGCUGCCUAUUCGGAUGUAUUAUUUUUUGAACCGCGAUCAUUGUCAAAUAGAACAUUAAGUGUUUUUGAAUCUGGUCCCAAAUCGACAGCGGGUGCAAGUUGCAUACGCAGAAUAGAAAUAUUUGUUCUCGUUUUGAUAGCGUCAUACAACUUCCUUUGAGUGUUCCUAAUUUUUUAGUUUAUAUAGACAAUAAUUGUAAGCAUCCUUUCCAAUUUUUAAAUAUUUGAAAAAAAAAAUAAAUGUAUUAAUAACUCGGCUUUUAUCUCCUAACAAAAAAAAAAAUUAUUAUAUAGUUUUAUAUCCGGAGAUAAAUUUUGAACGCCUGGCCAGAAAAAAAGCUUAUUUAUAGUUAAUUUUAACAUUGGUAUUAACAUUUGUUGUUUUGUUGUUAUGUUUCGUUUUAAUCAAUUUUUUUAUUUAUAAUUAUGACUUGUUUGGCUGCGUAAAAAUCAUGUUGACAGUAAAUAUUAUAAAAACAUUUUAGAAAUAUUAUUGUUUUCUAAACAUUUUAUUUUUAUAUAUCUGAUUGGUAAUUUUAAAAAUCUUUAAUUAGACAUUGGCCAGGAGUUGCUAUAAUUGUACAACUUACAUAUUCCGUUUGUAUUUUAAAUGUUAUUCUUAAAUAUUUUUAAAACUUAAUUCUGUAUCAUUUCCAAUAAGAUAAACCUUAUAGUUAGAUAUUAAACAAUUAGUGUUAUGACCUAAACUUAAAAAAAAAAUGCUGUAAAUUAUGACAACUUAAAAAAUAUUUGUAUUAUUAUUAUUAUAGUGCUUUAUUUGUUUUCUAUAGCUAUUAUGUAAAUACUCAAAACGUUACCAUCAAAUUGUAUAAGUCUAUGUAUUUUAUCAUAAAUAGUUUUUUUUUGACACGUUAUGUCUUUGAUCCUAGUCUGAAUUUUGUGAUUUAUAUAUUAUUAUUUAAAUUUAAGAAAAACUUGUGUAUAUGUUACUUUAUAAUAGAUGUAAUAUAAUAUACAAAAUACAUAUUUGUACAUGAGCACAGUUAACAUUAAAUGUGCGAGUUAUACCGUUUGAAUCUAAAUAUUGUGUCAAUUUUUUUUUUUUAUAUGAAUUUUGGUAAGUAUAACCAAAAAUCUUGUACCCAGUUGAAAAAUUGUUUAAAAAAGCAGUUCGUAUAUAAUAUGAUAAUUAAAUAUUAAUACUAUUUAUUAUGAUGUAUUAUAUUUAACAGUAUUAUUUUUUAUGAAUAAUAUUAUAAUAGCUGAAAUUUAA